AUCUCUUCAACCUUCUUUUUUUAUAAAAUAUCCUAUUUUAUUUCUCAGACCUUAUGGCAUCAAGUAUUAAUCCUGAGUGUAAUGAACUUAAGCAGCGAUAUGACACAUGUUUUAAUAAUUGGUAUACUAAUCGAUUUCUUCAAGGUUCUCGCACUCUUGAAGAAUGUAACGAAUUAUUUCAGGCAUACAAGACAUGUUUUAUGAAAGUUCUUCAUGAAAAACCAAUUAUGGAGCUUUUAAAUCAUGCAAGGACUCGAGCUCCUUUUGAAGAAGGUGGCAAACGCCGUACCGAGAAUUCCUAGUAAAUCUGAAUACUUCAAUGAUCAUUGCAAAAGAAUA